CCCCCACUCUCUAUCUUACGAGGAACGCCUGCUGAAAUCUAGGGCUAAAGUGUACGGCGUUUGCCCUUACGUAUGGUGGUUUUGGUUUUCUGUGUUGAAGAGAUCAUACAUUAUGCACGAAGUUGUGGUUUUCUUUUUUAUUUGCUCUAGAAUACCUCCCUUAUGUUGAUGAUUACGAUUUUGUGGUCAUUCCUGGUUGCGGCUAUGGGAAGUGAAGUCCAGGAAAAUAAUAGAACAAUGGCGCUUGUCCCGUUCAAACCUCAUCUAACUUUGGCAACAUUUCACAAGAAAGACCGGAGUCUUACAUUUGCCGGUCAAACAUUGACGAUAUAUCAGGAUUGGAACGAUGGUGGUGUAGCCGCGGUGCUUUGGGAUGCAGCGAUCAUACUAAGUCGCUAUUUAGAGCAAAACAAAGAGCUAGUUCAUCAGAAGCGCAUUAUUGAGCUUGGUGCAGGGACAGGCUUGGUAGGAAUGGUAGCCGGGUUACUAGGCGGCAGGGAUGUCCUAAUUACAGAUCGCAAGAGUGCAUUAUCGCACACUAGACUUAACAUUGAGGAAAAUCGAAAGUCAGGUCUUCAAGAUUCAUUGCAAGUCAAAGAACUUGUCUGGGGGCAAGAUGUGUCGGACCUUUCUCCCCCAUUUGAUGUCAUUUUGGGUGCAGAUAUUAUCUACAUUGAAGAUACUUUCAAUGACUUGCUGAGAACUCUCAGAGACCUUAGCGGAAAGGAAACAAUAGUUUUGAUUUCAUGUAAAAUCCGCUAUGAGCGGGACAGUAACUUUCUAAAAAUGAUGAAACAAGACUUUGACAUUAACCAGGUGCUCUAUAAUAAGGAUCUAGAUAUUACUGUUUAUAUGGCAAAAAGGAUAUUCCAAAAAAGAGAACACUCAGAUCUUUAGAACCAAAAGGGGGCAAGGGGCUUUUGAUCAGGAUAAGAUUCCACUUAGUGGCUAAAGGAGCUUUUUUUUAAUUGACUUAUCUAAAAAUAGUUGAGUAGUGGGCGUGUCUGUAACCGCCACAGACCCCUGUUCCCACAUUGUGCUGGCCAAAAUUGAUCAUAUAGACAGGGUGCUGACAAAUUAAUUGUAUUUUUUUAAAUAAAAGAGUAUAAUUACAGUGGCAGUAUUGAUUUCAAGUAAAGAAAUCAAAUAUAGCUAAA